AUGGUCACGACUCGACGACAGCAGAACCAGGCCCAGGCCCAGGCCCACGACGACUCGACCGCCGCCGCCGCCGAGUCCAAGGCCGCUUCGCACUCCAAAAAGGUGGAUGAGGCCGACGCCGACGCCGACGCCGACGACGAGGACAAGACCCAGGCCGGCUCGAAGCGCAAGGCCGCUCCCUCUGACCGCGACGGCAAAGAGGAUGCAAAGGACCAGCAGGACGCACAGGACGACACCGACGGCAAGGGCAACGACAGGGGCGCGGGCGCGGCCGGGUCGUCUGCUAAAUCGCGCAAGGUCGAGAGCACCAUCGACGAGCAGCAGGCGCACCUCGCGCGCUACCACGACGCCCUCUCCUGGCUGCACUCGGACGAGGCCUGGCACCUGUCCAACCCGCCCGUCGAGCAGAGCGGCAAGGGCGAAAUCGACGUGGCCGCCGCCGGUGGUGCCGAUGAGGGCGCCACGCGCCAGCCGCCCGCCAAGGGCAGCGGGCACAACAAGCGCGCCGACAUGGUCGACGACGGGCGCCACCUGCGCUACCCCAACUCGAACCUCACCCCCUUCCAGGCGCUGCUGUGCUCCGUCAUGCUCUCCAAGCCCAUCUCGCACCGCCUCGGCAUCCGCGCCAUCGAGACGAUGCUCAACAAGCCUUUCCUCUUCCGCACCGUCCGCGACCUCAAAGAGGCCGGCGUAGAGGGCAGGAGAGAGGCGCUGUGGGAGGCCAGGACGCAGCACAAGGAAAAGACGGCCGAGCAGCUCGGCGACCUCGUCGACGGCCUCGUGCACCUCUGCGGCGGAGACGAGGCAAAGGCCGACGAGAUGAAGCCCAUCCUCGAAAAGGCCAUCGAGGCGGCAGCCGGGGAAGGAGGAGCCAAGGACGUCGACUCGUUCAAGCUGGCCGACGAGCUCAAAAAGACGCUCACCGAGAGCAUCAAGGGCCUCGGACCAACGGGCUGCGACAUCUUCCUGCGCAGGGUCCAGGUCGAGUGGCCCCAGCUCUUCCCCUUUGCCGACCGCAGGACGCUCAACGUCGCCGUACAGCUCGGCCUCAUCGACCCAAACACCCUCGGCCAGGACGGCGACGACAAGGGCGUCCAGGCCGCCACGCGCGCCCUCGCCGAAAAGGUGGCCGAGCACGUCGGCUUCCCGCCCGAGCAGGCGCGCGACGCCGGUGAAGAGGCAGAGUGCGGACGGUGGUGGUUUGUCCGCACCCUCGACGUCCUCAUCGGCCUCGACGUCGAAAAGCAGCUCGACGAGGCCAAGAAGCGCGCUGGCGUCAGCGGGAGCGGCGGCGAUGCUGGAGCAAAGAAGGAAGAGUAG